AUGCCUGAGAAAUUAAGCAAUGUGACUUUUGUGACUGAAUUUCUGCUUAUGGGUUUCCCUGGUGACCAGGUGCUACAGAGAUUCUGUGCCUCUGUGUUCUUCCUGGUUUACCUGACUGCUUUGUUGGGGAACCUGCUCAUUGUCACCCUCACCUCCAUUGAACAGCAGCUCCAGACCCCCAUGUACUUCUUCCUGAAGAAUUUGUCUUUGAUUGAUAUUUGCUACAUCUCCACCACUGUCCCCAAAUGCAUCAUGAACACCCUGACCAACAGUCUCUCCAUCUCCUUUGUGGGCUGUGCCUCUCAGGUUUUCCUGGUCCUCUUUUCUGCAGGCACAGAGUAUGCUCUCCUGCUAGUGAUGUCCUAUGACCGCUAUGCUGCCAUCUGCCACCCUCUGCACUAUGAGGCCAUCAUGAACAGAGGGGCCUGUGUGCAGAUGGUGUCAGUGGUGUGGCUCAGUGGCUGUGCCUAUGGAUCUCUCCACGUGGCAGGGACGUUCUCUGCCCGUUACUGUGGCCCCAAUGUAGUGCCUCAGUUCUUCUGUGAUGUUCCCUCCCUGCUAACACUUGUCUGUUUCGGGGAUGAAAUUCUAGAAUAUGCAUUUAUUGUAGCUAGCUGUUCCUUUGUUUUUGUUUGCUUCAUUUUCAUGGUUAUUUCCUAUAUUCAUAUUUUCUCCACAGUUCUGAAAAUCCCUUCUGAUCAAGGCAGGUAUAAGUCCUUCUCCACCUGUGUGCCUCACCUCACUGUGGUGAGCUUGUUCCUGUUCUCUGCAGGUUUUGCAUUUUUGGGUUCAGCUUCUAAUUUUCCACCAUCACUGAAUCUCUUUAUGUCUGUCAUGUAUUCUGUGUUACCUCCCAGCCUGAAUCCCCUCAUCUAUAGUCUGAGAAACAGGGACAUGAAGAUGGCCUUUGGCAAAGUUUUUGGAUGA